AUGGGUGACCCGCGGCCGGUCGACGGGGUGGACCAGUGCGAACCGGGAGCGUGCGAAGAAAGCUCACUGAUAACGACCGACUCGUUCGAGGAGUUUUCCCAUGAGAUCAACAGCCUGCCGGCGGAGCCGGAGUGCGUGAAUCAGCAGCCCCUGGAAAGUGGCACCGACGGCGCAGCCAUUCCGGAUGAUAAGAUUAUUGACGACGAUCGGGGAAGUGAAGCGGACAGCAGCAGCAUCACGAAGCUACCGGAUGGCCUACCCUCGGACCAAGCGCCUGAUGGGGCGAUGAGCAAGUCGAGCUCGUUCAGCAGCGCGAGAAGUAGAGAAUUUGACGCAUCGACGACGAGCCUUGCCGAAACGAACGAAGCGACCGGAUCAGGGUCGGUUCCGCCGGGAGCGGAAGCGGAAACCGGAGACUAUCUGCACGAUGUGGAAUUUCUUAACCGAAAGCGACACGUGUUCAUUCUGAGCACCGCCGGAAAACCCAUCUAUUCGAUGCACGGCAAUGAAGAUAAACUGGCCACCCUGUUUGGUGUGAUGCAAGCGCUUGUUAGCUUUAUCCAAAGUGGCAACGAUACGAUCAAAUCGAUCCAUGCCGCCGGAGUUAAGUUUGUUUUUCUAGUAAAAUCCCCGCUUAUCCUGGUGGCGGUUUCGAGGACUUCGCAUAGCGUCCAACAGAUUCAACUGCAGCUAACGGAUGUAUACAAUCAAAUCCUCUCCACGCUGACCCUAAGCCAGAUGAUCAAAACGUUUGAAAGGCGAAAAAAUUUCGACCUCCGCCGGUUGUUGGCCGGCAGCGAAAGGCUGAUCGACCACCUGCUGGUUAGCGACAAGUGUGACCACAAGCUGGUGUCGAACAAUCCGUUUAGCUUCAUGACGCAUUCGGUGCGCAUCCUGCCGCUGGUACCGUCUGUGCGGGAGACGGUAGUGUCCGCCAUACAGAGCAACUGUGCGAAGAUUAAGAACCUGGUGUUUGCAGUAUUAAUUGCCAACAACAAGCUGAUAGCGCUUGUGCGUAUGAAAAAAUAUUUCAUCCAUCCCGCCGAUCUGCGGUUGAUCUUCAACCUGAUCGAGUGUUCGGAGAGCUUCAAGUCGGCCGAAAGCUGGACUCCGCUCUGCCUGCCAAAGUUUGACUCGAGCGGGUUUCUGCAUGCGCACGUGUCAUACCUGGCCGAGGACUGCCAGGCAUGUCUGCUGCUGCUGUCGAUUGAGCGGGAUGUGUUUUAUACGCUUUCAGAAGCGAAGCGGAAGAUCACUGAGAAAUUACGCCGAAGCAACUGUCUGGAAGCGAUCAAUGAUGCGAUCAAUAAUAAGGGCAUCAAACUGUUGAACAUCGGCAUUCCGGAGAUAAGGCAUUUUUUGUAUAAGAGUAAAUCGAACGCGCAGCUGCUCUGCUCCGAACUGACGGUGCCGUAUUCCAGCAGUGAGCAGUUCAAACGUCUGGAGGGGAUGUACUUCCGCUUGCACCACAAGAUUCACAAUUCCGGCCGGCCGGUCAAGCUAAUCUAUCAGAUGAAGGAGAAGGAAGUGAUGCUGGCCUGGGUAACGCAAGCGUAUGAAUUGUUCGUGACUUUCGAGCCGACGGUGGAGAAGAACGAAGUCAUAAGUCUGGUCAAUAAGUUGCUCAAGUGGAUUAAGAAGGAGGAGAACAGCUUGUUCAUCCUGUCUGCGCCAACAUUCUAG